GGACUACAAACGUGUUUUCGCACUCCUGAUAUCGAGCGCUUUAGAUCCUGAUCCUUAUCUGUCUUUCGUUAUUCGCGAUCAUUUAGGAGUGAUCGAAUGCAUGCGGAGACAACGAGGCAUAAAACGCUGAGCAUUCCUUCUCGUUGGCUCUUUCUCCUACCGCAGUGACACUUUGUCGAUCCUGCAUAUAGGAAGAGUCUCCUCUGGCUACUAAACAUCCUUUGGCGACCUGCCCAGGCUUCCAUCACUUGGAAAAAACACAACAUGCCAAGACAAUCGAUCAAGAAGGUCGAUGCUGCCUCGAAGGAACCAGCAAUUUGUAUCAUAUGCAGAGAUCCCAUAGAUGGCGCUGCAAUCCCAGUUCCAUGCGGGCACGUCUUCGACCUUGCUUGCAUCACCCACCUCUUCCAGUCUUCAGUCCGUGACGACUCCCUGUAUCCACCACGAUGCUGUCACAGAAACAUCCCCUUCACAAAAGUACGGCGCUACGUCAGUCAAGCUUUAAUUGCAGACUUUAGGCUCAAGGGAAGAGAAAAGAAAACGAUGCAUCGGGUGUAUUGCUCCUCGCCAUCCUGCAAUCGCUUUCUUGGUGCGCUCCACCAAAAGUCGUCACGGAAAGUGUACGAUUGUCCAGCCCCGAGUUGUUCCACCCGUACGUGUGGAAAAUGCCGUACAAAGUACGAAGGGGUUGGGAAUCAUAACUGCGUUAUUGACGCUGCAACGCAACAAGUUCUCGAUAUUGCUCAGGCAUCAGGCUGGGCAAGAUGCCCAGGAUGCUCCCAUCUGAUAGAGAAGAUCGCUGGGUGUAAUCAUAUGGUUUGUCGUUGUGGAACGACAUUCGAUUACUCCUGCAAGUAAUAAUACUGACCGAAUACCAUGUUUACACAUCUAUGCACUUCCAAACAAGGCUCAAAGAAUGGGGGACUUCCGAUUAUGUAUCAUGCAAUAGAGUAACUUGUACUAUGCUAGAGCUUUCGAACAAGAAAACACAUGCAAUCCAAUAUGCAAUUUCUAUGCUUCUUGUCA